AAUUCCGUACGCUUUUAUUUCUACUUUAUCACAAGAGAGACUCACACGUUGAAUUCCAAGUCGUUCACUUUAUCCACCGUGUCUCGCACGAACGUGGCGCAAAACCAACGUCAGCAGAGUGCGUCAGUUUCUCAGCUGCGACGAAAUCACUCACGCGACUGAACCUCCACUUCCUCCUAUUUGCCCACUUGCUCCAGGAAAUGUCAAAGAAAGAGAAAAUGCAAGAAGCUAAUAAAUAUCUUACCUGGACUCUCCCACUAUAAAAUACCUUCAAAACCUUCUUGUUCCAGAAUUGUCUCUCCCUCUUAUCACACCAAAACUCAGCCGUUUUAGGCCUGAAACUACACAAACAUGAACGGAGCUACCUUGGGUGGGUUUAGUUUUCCUCAUAUUUGUCAUCGAGGCUCAGGCUUGGGCGGUCUCUUCCCUUGCUUAACUGAGCAGUGGGGAGACUUGCCGUUCCAAGUUAACGACUCUGAGGACAUGAUUGUCUACAAUUCCCUACGUGAUGCCGUCAGUUUUGGCUGGUCUCCGCUAGAUUUAACGGCGACCAACAUAAAGGCGGAGCAGGGAGACGUGUUGGAGCUGGCGCCAAUCACGGGAGCCGAGCCGAUGAGAUUGGCUCAACGAGAAGCUGUGAAUUGUGACAAGAAAGUGAUUAAGAAGCAUUACAGAGGAGUGAGGCGAAGGCCGUGGGGAAAGUUCGCGGCUGAGAUACGGGACCCGGCUAAGAACGGCGCGAGAGUGUGGCUCGGCACGUACGAGACAGGUGAGGAAGCUGCGGUGGCUUAUGACCGAGCGGCUUAUAGGAUGCGCGGCUCCAAGGCUUUGCUUAAUUUUCCAAACCGGAUUGGGUUGGGUGACCCAGAACCGGUGAGGAUCACGGCCAAGCGCCGAGAUCAGGAGCCGGCUUGGGAUAGCAGCUCCUCCAAGAGGACGAAAGGCUUGGAAGCCCAGUUGGAAAUGGAGAGAGACUUGAAUCCGUUUCAGCUGGAACAGCAAAUGGGGCCACUUCCAAUUUCUGAUCAAUUAUUGGUUAAUUAACUUAAGAAUUGGAAUCUCAUACAAGGAACAAGAAAAAAUCACGGGGACUUGUUUGGUUGCUUAUGUACAAAGUGAGGUUGUGCAAAUCUGAUUUUUCCCUUUUUUUUUUUUUUU